CCGGCCGCUCGCGCUCCCCGGGCGCGCGCAAUCACCGGCGGCUCGCGCUCCCGCCGGAGGAAAAGCGAAACCAGGUUUGGGUUGGGUGGAGGAGGAGGAGGAGGAGAGUGAGGUCGGUGGGCUGGUUGAAUGUUGGCAGCGUCUCCUCCUGCUGCCGCCGCUCUUUUUGCUUUCGGGACGGUCUCAGCCAUGGGUCGUUAUCCCGCUGCUUGGGCGCUCCUCCUGCUCCUCGUCCCCUGUUCGGGGUCUGCCUACUCGGUGGCCGAGACAGACACAUUGGCAGUCAACCUCUUCUCUACAGAUGAACCCAGCCAACCAGUGGUCAGAGCUGAAGUGAAGACUCAGGAUAGAAGCAUUGGUUACUAUGACACCACGUUAUCGGGAGUUCAGUCUCAGUUGGCUGGCAUAAAACAAUUCAGUAUAAUUAUUGAUAAGCAGUUGGCAAAAAUUAAGAAUGACGUGAUUACAGGGGCAAAGAAAAUAAUGGAUAAGGUGAAGGUGUUAAUCAUAGACUCUGUAUCCCCAAAUGAAAUCGGUGAGCUCUUUCUGUACUCAGAGAAACCAGCUGUCAUCGGAGAGGUAAACACUUUGACCUGUUUCGUCAGCGGCUUUUUCCCACCGGCCGUGAUCGUAACAUUACAGAAGAACGAGCAGCCUGUCAGUGGCGAAGUUAACUCCUCACACCUCUCAUUUGGCAAAGAUUGGCGAUUUCAGGUGCUCCACUACACAUACAUCCAGCCAGCAGACGGUGACAUAUACUCUUGUAGAGUGCUCCAUACCAUCAGCAAAGAGGAAAGAGUAAUUUACUGGGAACCAGAAGAGCAAAGUAGUGCUGAAGAAAUGGAUACAAGCCAGCUUGCUGUUUUGAUCUGUGGGCUGAUUAUCGGAAUACUUGGCACAGCAGUUGGACUCUCCUUAUGUUUUUGGUUCCGACUGUCUGGCUGCAACACUUGGAUAGUCCGAAUCGGUCCCUCUUCUCGGUGAUAAAUGGAUCUGCAAUGUUUCACCGUGUUCUCUACUUUGCUCUGUUGCAAUUUUGAGCACUCAGAUUUGUAAAUAUCAUUUUCUUCUGGCUUAGGGUAUUGAUUUUAAAUACUGUGUUCUGAUUUUGGAAUUAUGUAUUUCAUCUGUCAGUCAUCCAUUUGCAUGCAUUGUCUGCUUAAUGCAACAGCAAUCUCCUUCAGAUAGAUAAGGUCACAGGUAGGUUGGGCCAUAAAACGAAUGGCACAUUCUCUUUCAUAAAUCGAAGUAUUCAGUAGUAGAGUUGGGAUGUUAUGUUGAAGUUGUACAAUACACUGGUGAGGGACGGUUUGCAACAUUUAGUCUGCUGAAAGAGAAAUUUGAGCUGCCUCAUUCGCACUUUUUUCAUUACUUACAAAUUAGACAUUACAUUCGAUGGAAGAUUUGUAAUUUUGAAAUCCUUCCAGGGAAGCAUAUGUCAUUUGAUAUUUUAAAGAACCCUCCUGACUCCAAGCAUCUCAUUUCUAAGUUUGUACGUUUGUUUGAUGAUCGCAUUGUAAUGUCUACUGUGAAGAUUAGAGACGCCUGGAGGGAGGAGUUGAGCAUUGAAUUAUCUGAAGUUGCCUGGGACAAGUGUUUGUCUUUGAUACAGGCUUGCUCUGUUAACAGCAGACACCAACUGAUCCAGUUUAAAGUUGUUCACCGUCUCCACUACUCUAAAUUUAGAUUGCACAGGAUUUACCCUUCUGUCUCGCCAAUGUGUGAUAGAUGCCAAGGGAUGGAGGCCACAUUGUCACACACCUUUUGGUUUUGCCCAUUACUGACUGGAUUUUGGUCCAAAAUAUUUGACUGGUUCUCAAAGGCUUAUAAAAGAUCCUUCCCCUUGGAAGCUGGGCUCGCCAUCUUUGGCUGCUUGCAAUCUUCUAUUUGUUUCUCUACAGCCAUACACCGGUCUCUGAUGCUGGGGAUGAUUGUUGCCAGAAGAUUCAUCUUGAGGGAAUGGAAAUCACCCUUUCCCCUUCCUUUUGGAGAUGGAUGGCUGAUAUGAUCUCAGUCAUACAGAUGGAGAAACUUAGGUUCCUGAGAACCAAUUCAAUUAAAAAUUUUCAGCUAUCUGGGAUCCAUUUCUUGCCUAGUUGGUCGAGGCCUGGGGCGGAUGCACAAUUCCCCCCCCCCCCCCCCCAGCUGAUUUCUCAUGGACCUCAUUUGCGAUUUAAUGUUUAAUAUUUUUGAGCACUUUAUACAAUAGGCAUCCCUCUAAUGUUCUUUUCUUUUGAUUAUUUCAUUUUUACACUGUUUGAGCUGGUGUGUUCUUGUUGAUUUCAUUGAUUUUUUUGAAAAUUUUGACAAUAAAGUAUAAAAAAAAAAUCAGGAGUACAAACA